AUGUUGGACUUAUGUAGUCAAUUGCGAAGAUUUUUGUUUUCCCAGGUUAGUGAUGGUCGGGAUACAAAUGCUUGGGAGGAUGGUUGGCUUUCCUGUGGUCAUCUUUCGGCUUUUAUCUCUUACCGGUUCGUCCAUUUAAGUGGUUUCUCUACUCUUACGACGGUUCGUGAUCUUCUAAUGAGUUGGGACGGUGUUCGGCCGGAUGAUUGGACUAGUAGGUUUACUGAAUUGCAUUCUUCUCCAUUACCUUUGUUGAUUGAUUCAGUUCGUGACAGAGUUCUUUGGGGGGAAGAUCUUACUUCUGCUUCAGACUUCACGGUGAGUAAUGCUUGGGAUUUAUUAGAGGGAUCUCACUCGGUUGUUCCUUGGCACAAAGCGGUUUGGUUCUCUGGCCAUAUCCCUAAGCAUGCAUUCUGUUUGUGGCUUGCUUGUCAGAGGCGUCUUCCUACACAAGAUCGUAUGCUUUGGAAGGAUGAUCCACCGGAUCUGGAGUGCUCGCUUUGUAGACUUUGUAUGGAUAGCCAUUCCCACUUAUUCUUUUAG